AUGGUUGAACUGAGGCGCCAGACCCGGCCAUCAGCACCACCGCCCACAACCAACGAGAAUGAUCCGCACGACUCGUCCGACGCGACAUCAUUACGAUCGAAACGAAAUCGAGCAGUAUCAGCUGUCAACGGCGAGCAACAGCAGCACCAGGAAUUGCACAAACGCCGCAAGCUCGCCAACAACCUGCAACCCCAGAAACUGCGCAUCCCACUUCGCGGCAGGACUGGACUACAGCCAAAAUAUACAAAAUCUGCUCCUGAGAAGAGCAAAUACAGUCACCAGUCUGCCGGUGAAUUGCCUACGCCUGCUACAUCGAUCGAUAGCCCCACACCGAAAGCACAGUAUGAUCAGUUCCGAAGAGUCGAGGAGAAAGCUAGAGCCUCUAUCCGCGAAAACAAGACUGGUGAUGCCGACAACAAGAACAAUGACCGGCGUAGGCUGCGAUCCGAGCAUGGCGGCACACGUAUCAAGACAGAGUUGGCCCAAUUCAUCCCGAAUUUCGAGGAGAUGCUCAGCCUGGAGCCUCCUGAUCCUACCGCCCUGACAGCACACACACGCGUCACCCUCCUCAACGACACCCCAGACUAUGACCCUCCGCCACCCCGCUCCGACCCCUUCGCGCCCACAAACCCCUCCACAACACCGAGAUCAUCCCCAUCCCCUCCCUACCCUAUGGCCGAAGACCGGUAUCUCAAGAGUCACGCCAAAGCAGAGCGGCACGAAAAGCACAUGAAGAGUGGUGAACGAGAGCGUAGUCAGCACGAGAAAUACCAACUCUCUCGUCUGCUGGAUGACCUUCGUGGCCCUGAUUGGCUGAAGACUCUUGGUAUCUCUGGCAUCACUGACUCAGAGAAGAAACGAUAUGAGCCUAAGCGAGCGCUAGUGAUUCAGGAGAUCAAGGCUCUUAUCAACAAGUUCGAUAGGUGGAAGGAAGAGGAGAAGCGGCGGAAAGCGGAGAGGGAUCAAGCCUUGGCGGAGGAGGCUGAGGCUGCCGAGCAGGAGGAAAGUGAGGACGAGAGUGAGGAUGAGGUGGCGAAUAGUGAACGUAGCGCUUCCACUGCGCCAUCGACGCGACAAGGUCCCGAUUCCAGCGAGAUUGACGAGCUGGCUUCUGCUCAGUUGCUUGGCGAGGCAAGAGGCGCCAAAGGUGCUUCAGCAGCCGGCAGAUUAGGCGUCAAGGACUCGAGCAGCAACAAACGCCGAAGACGAAACGGUGUCGGUCACAGUCGCACCACCUCUCGAAACGACUCGCCCGCAAAGCACUCCGCCUCCGUCACUCUACCGCCACCACCACCACCGCCGCCUCCACCAGAGAAACCAAUUACCUCAUUCUUCGCAAAACGUCACCUCCGCGAUGCAGCCAUCGCAGGCCGACAACGUGGACGCACCGUCCUUGCGUUCGGCCACCCUAUACCUGAGAUGGUGCCGAUCGAGGAGGCGGAAGUGCUGGAGGAGGGUGUGCCAGCGCGGGAGUUCCGGCUGCCGCAAAGCAUACUCACGGAAGAUGCUAUUAGAGCUAGUCAGCGCAGUGGGAGGAGGCGGAGGAGAGAUACUGAUGCAGCUGCCGCUUAG